AACCCGUCAAAGGGCUUCCCCGCCCCCUUACUGCCAGCAGGAACGCAGGGGAGGGAAUCCCAGUAGGUUUGGUUGCGCGGUAGCGAAGGCCUCCAUUUUGUCGAAGUUUACUCGCGUCCCCGAGUUUGUCCCCACUGUUCAGCCCCGCGCCCAGAACGACCCUCCGGUAGUCGAACGCGUGCAGACCCCAGAGGAGCACCAGCCGCCCUUCCGUUGGCGGCGGAUGUACCGGCGGCCGGAGGACGAGGACAGGAGGAGGAGGCGACGACCGCCGCUUCGCUGAUCUAUGGCCACAGCUGUAAACCCAGUACCUUCUUCCUGGAAGAAAGAGGCUGUGUGCUUUCACCCUGCCUUUGCCCCUCAUGAUCUUGUACACUGACAAUUUUGCUGUCUCACUGAACUCCCGUUGAAGAGAAAAUUUAAGCUUCUUCCGGUUGUAGAAAUGGCUUCAGAGAUUGGAGGACCUCUGGGCGUGUCAGCGGCUGGGAAUGCUGGAGCAACAACACAGCCUCCGUCCGGCGGCGGCAUCAUGUCUCGGGCACCUAAGAGACGCUCGGGGCUGGAUUUUGAUGAUGAUGAUGAUGGUGAAGGAAGCAGCAAGUUCCCCAGGUGUGAUGAUGAUCAAGGGCCCAACGACAAAGAGAGAUUUGCAAGGGAAAACCACAGUGAGAUCGAACGACGCCGGCGGAACAAGAUGACAGCAUACAUCACGGAGCUAUCGGACAUGGUGCCCACCUGCAGCGCCCUGGCCCGUAAGCCAGACAAGCUGACGAUCCUGCGCAUGGCCGUGUCCCACAUGAAGUCGCUACGGGGAACAGGCAACACCUCAGUCGAUGGCACUUACAAACCCUCCUUCCUCACGGACCAGGAGCUGAAGCACCUGAUCCUGGAAGCAGCAGAUGGAUUCCUCUUCGUGGUGGCGUGCGAGACGGGGAAGAUAAUCUACGUGUCGGACUCGGUCACCCCAGUCCUGAAUCAGCCUCAGUCAGAGUGGUUCGGCAACACCCUGUACAGCCAGGUCCACCCGGAUGACGUGGAGAAGCUGCGGGAACAGCUCUCCACCAGUGAGAAUGCGAUGACAGGUCGAAUCUUGGAUCUGAAAACUGGCACUGUGAAGAAGGAAGGCCAGCAGUCCUCCAUGAGGAUGUGCAUGGGCUCCCGCCGUUCGUUCAUCUGCAGAGUCAGAUGUGGGAAUGCCACUGUGGAUUCUGGGUCCAUGAGCAGGCUCACCUACUUGAGGAACCGAUACAGGAAUGGGCUGGGACCUGUGAAGGAAGGAGACCCUCAGUACGUUGUGGUGCAUUGUACAGGUUACAUCAAGGCUUGGCCUCCGGCAGGUGUGACAUUACCAGACGAUGAACCAGAUGGGGGACAAGGAAACAAGUUUUGUCUGGUGGCUAUUGGCCGACUACAGGUUACCAGCUCGCCCAGCUGCAUAGACAUGAAAAAUAACAGCCUCCCCAGCGAGUUCCUCUCCCGGCACAGUCCCAACGGCGCCUUCACAUUCGUUGACCACCGCUGUAUGGCAACCAUUGGCUACCAGCCCCAGGAGUUACUUGGGAAAGAUAUUGUGGAAUUUGCCCAUCCUGAAGAUAAAGGACUCCUGCGAGACAGUUUUCAGCAGGUGAUCUCACUGAAGGGGCAGGUGCUGUCGGUCAUGUUCCGGUUCCAGACCAAGAGCCGCGAGUGGGUGGUGAUCAGGACGAGCUGCUUCACCUUCCAGAACCCGUACUCCGAUGACAUAGAAUACAUUGUCUGCACGAACACCAAUGUCAAGCAUUUCCAGCAGACGCCUGCCCUUACUGGACAAGAAGAGCUUGCCUAUGAUCACUCACAGGUUGGUGUGCAGACUCCUGCUACAGAACACGCAAAGCCCAUCAGCAAAACAGAGCCACUCUACAGCAGGGAGACGGACACUCGAUAUUCUGAGAUCUACAGUGGCAUCGCCUCAGCUGACCAGAACAAGGCAAUUUCAUCCACCCCAGCGGCUGCAAACCAGCAGAUCUACCAACAGGGGUCCUCCUUCCCAUCAACCCGUCCAGCGCAGAACUUCAGCGCUGGACUCACUCCUUCCGUGAACGUGGUGCCACAGCCAGCCUCAGCAGGACAGAUCCUGGCCCAGAUAUCUCGGCAGUCGGCCGGCAGCCAGGUCACCGGCAGUGCCUGGAGUGGAAAUCGACCCCCGUUUCCGGCACAGCAGAUGGGAGCGCAGGGAGCCAAGACGCAGUCACCUCCGUUUGGAAUGGGUGCCGGUCACAACUUCACGGCCAACACUGCUUCCUUCAGCCCCCUGGCCAGUCCCGUGGCCACGUCGUCAGCUGGAGGUACUGCCUACCCAUCUCUCACCAGCCGCACCCCUGGUUUUGCAGAGACGGGACAGACAAGCACGCAGUUCCAGAGCCGACCUGCAGAGGGAGCCUCUGUGUGGCCACAGUGGCAGGGGCAGCAUCACGCGCAGACGUCUGCGGAUCAGCACCAGACGCAGAGCCAGCCCGAGGUCUUUCAGGAUAUGCUGUCCAUCUACGAAGAACAAGGCACCACUUACAACAGCGACGAGUUCUCCGAGCUCCCCAUGUUCCCACCGUUCUCGGAGUAGCCCCAAACAACCAGAGGGGAAAGUCAGUCUCGUGUGUUUUGUCGUCUUCUCGUUCAGCACGCCCACUCUCUGCCCAUCUCAACGAAAGUGUUGUGUGCGCGUGUGCAUAACUGUGUGCUCGGAAGUACCGCGGUAAAAUUCUACCUGCCCUGCACUCUGGGCGAUCUGUCGUCAGUGUUGAGCUGUCAUAACUGCUCCCCUUUGUGCUUUUGUGGACUUCUCACUCUGAACAGGGAGAAACAUCUUGGGAGAAGUCGGGGGGUCUGUCUCUGCCCACGGUUACAUGGAGAUGGUGAAUCUCUCCCUCCAUCUUCAGCCCAAUGGCCGGUGCCAUUUGCUCCAUGCCUCCUUAAUCUCCAGUCGUUGCAGUGGGUGAGAGUUUGCUUAGCCACUGUUGAGGGCAGUCAACUCACUGGGCUAAAUGGCCUAUUUCUGCUCCUAUGUAAAUACAAACAGGCUUGUUCCACUGAAGUUGUCUGAGACUACAACCAGAGGUCAUGGGUUAAAGGGUGAAAGUGAAAUGUUUAAGGGCAACAUGAGUGGGGUCCUCUUCACUCAUAGGGUGGUGAGAGUGUGGGAUGAACUGUCAGUAGAGUAAUGGAUGUGGGUUCAAUUUCAACAUUUAAAAGAAAUGGAUGAAAGGGAUAUCAAGGUGCAGGCAAUGGACUAGAUGGCCCAAAGGGCCUGUUUCUGUGCUGUAUGACUCGGUUUUAUUGUCCACUUUUGCCCCAGGACUCUAGAAGCAUGGAAGGCCCAGAGGUAUUUACAAGGGGUCCUCACACUCUACACCAGCAGGUUUGAGUUCCAUCUGUUAAAGCUCGAUGGAGACAUGCUCCACUGUCUCACUGCUCCCCAGACCACCCCUCCCCCCCGGCAGCCCCACAAGUGAGCUGUGGGCAGGGGGCGCAUAACGGUGGUACAGUAGGUAGAACCUCACCACCAAGGACCCAGGUUCGAUCCUGACUUCUGCCUGUGGAGUUCUUUUUCUCUUUUUCUUUCUUUUUCUCUCCCUCCCCUCUCUUUUCUCUUUUCUCUCCUCCCUCCCCACCCCCCACCAUGCCAGUACUCCAGUUUCCUGUCACAUCCCAGGCCAAUUGGAACCCAAGUGUGAGAGUUACGAUAAAAUCUCGGUUUGGGGGUGGGAAUAAAAUGGGCUCAGUGCAAGUGAAUUAGCACAGAUUCAAAGGGCUGGAGGGCCUUGUAUGGUGGGUGUUGGACAGGGUCCACUCAGCUCUCCUCUGUGUAUAACAUCCACAGGAUGCACAAUAGCAGCCCGCUGAAGUUCUGAUGCCAGUUGCACCCAGACACUCACUUGGACAGGCAGGAACACAGAAUGAGAGCACACUACAGGCCUUCGGCACACCAUUAAUAACCUCCUCCAAGAUAAAUCUAACCCUUCUCUCCCAUGAGCCCCUCCACUUUUCUGUCAAUUCUGUGCCUAUCUUAGAGUCUCUUAAAUGCCCUGAUGUUUCUGCCUCUACCGCCUCCCCUGGCAGGGCAUUCCAUACACCCAUUCUGUGUAUUUAAAUUUUAAAAAAUCUUACCUCUGACUUCCCUCCUGUACUUUCCUCCAGUUAUGUUAAAACUAUGCUCCCUGGUAUUAGCAGUUUCUGCCCUGGAAAAAAGAUCUGGCUAUUCCCUCGAUCUGUGCCUCUUAUUGCAGAAGGAAAGGAGGGAGUUGCAGCAGUGACUAACCCCUGCCAAGCACGUUGGUGGUUCACUGUAAGACACCCGGUCAGAUCCCAAACUUGUGACCACUCAACAACAUCCAUUGCCCCCCCCCCCCCCCACUCGAGGGGUGAGUGGUAAACACUGCCGCCCCACGUUGAUGUAUUUGCGUUCAGAGAUAGUCCUGUGCUUUUCCGGUUGAGCUCACAUCUAUAACUGGCUGAAGGGUUCUCAUGAGCCAUAAGGAUCUGUAGGUUAUGCCAGGAUUCCCUCAGGUAGCUGCAAGUGUAGGAUAAUACGCUGCUGGCACCAGUACAUCUUUACCACAACUCCCCACCUUCACAGAUAAUUUGCAGUUCAGGCAGGCCGCAUGAAACAACUCCCCAGCUCCUGCUGCACUGAAGACAAGAUGGUGUGGGUGCCUGUGAAUCUUGCACAGAAUUGAAAGAAGUUAUUUUAAACACGAGAUUCUGCAGUUGCUGAGCAACACACACAAGAUACUGGCAGAACUCUGAGUCAGGCAGCGUCAAUGGACAGUCACCAUUUAUGGUUGCUGGCUGGCCUGCUGAGUUCUUCCAGCACUUCGUGUGACCCUUUUGUUUGACAGGGUGGAAGGGGGUUAAGACUUACCAAAUUCUCAAACAUUAUGAUUUGCUUCCUAAUUCUUCACCAUAUGUGAAUGCCAGCAUUUAUUGUCACUCCCUGCUGGCACCUAAGAUUGGCCACAUCUGUAUUCAUUUGGGGCUCAAAGAUCUCCCUUCCUUGAUCAGCUUUUCACAGUUCCUGAAAUACCAAAUUUGCAUUGAAGUGCCAAAAAUCCACUCACCAACUUGUGCAGAUGAUUUGCUAUCUGGCUUACUGAAGCCAGAAACUCACCUAGUUUGGUUUCCCACACUCUUCAGACUUUGAGGCCUUGUUACAAUAGAAAUUUUGUUUACUGUGAAUCGGAAUCAGGUUUAUUAUCAUUGACAUGUUGUAAAAUUUGUUGUUUUGCGACAGCAGUACGGAUCAAUCAAUACACAAGUUUAAAAUAUUUUUUUAACACAAGAUUCUGCAGAUACAGGAAAUCCAGAGUAAUAGACAAGAUACCAGAGAAAUUCAGCAGGUCAGGCAGCAUCUUUGGUGGGGAAUAAACAGUUGAUAUCUCAUGCCAAGAUUUUUCAUCCGGACCCUAAAUGUCGCAAUAAGAUAUAUGUAUUCAUAUUCAAUAAAAAGAGCAAAAUAAUGACAUUGUGUUCAUGAGUUAAUUGUCCUUUCAGAAAUCUAAUGGUGGAGGGCGAUGAAGCUUCUUUUAAACUAUUCUCAGGCUCCUAUACCACCUCUUUAAAGGAGGUAAUGAGAAGUGCAACAUCCUUUAUCUUAAAAAUAAUUGGACCAAAACUUUGUUGAUCCAACACCACCAAAUUCCCAAGCAUUUCAGAGUAUUGGAGUUUUGCUACAUUUCAUCAGGUGAAUUGAAUUAAAUUCCCCAGGUGUGCUGGAGGGGUUUCAUCUGGCGUCUCUAGGUGAGUAGGUCAGAAUUCUGCUUUCCGGUCCAGUGGUUUAGCUACUGCACCACCAAAUCACACAGAAACAGCCUGCUCCAUCGUGGGCUCGAAAAGGUGACAUCCAUCAUUAUGACCCAGGGCAUGUUCUCUUCUCAUUGCUACCAUCAAGGAGAUACAGGAACCUGAAGACACACUCAAUGUUUCAGAUACAGCUUCUUCCCCUGUGCCAUCAGAUUUCUGGAUGGGUAAUGAAUCCAUGAACACUCACUAUUUUUCCCUCUAUUUUUGCACUAUAUAAGACAUAGUGCAAAAUGUAAUUUAUAGUUUUUAUUAUGUAUUGAAUUGUACUGCUGCCGCAGAUACCAGCAAUAUUAAAGCUGAUUCUGAAAUGAGGCCGUGCACCUUGGAACUGAGGGAUUCCAAAGCCAGGUCGCUGGGUUUUGUUUCAACCUUCGUGCUAUACAGAUGCUGUUUAAUAGUUUUUAUCACAAAAUGUACUUCUGCAUAGGUGGCAUGUUCACUUCUAUACCAGCCUUGAGAGUUUUCAUAUGUUUGCAGUUCAACAGUGUUUCCCUUGGGUGUGUGUAUAUGUAUAUGUAUGUGUGUUAUUUUUUUUAUGUUGUAACAUAGAUCUGUUUUGAACUCGUGAAUAGCCCAGAAGUUGAUUGACCCAGUCUUUCUUUAAUCCUUUUUAAAAAAAAAAUCAUUGUAAUUCACUUUUUCUUUUCAGGCUGUUUUGUAAAUAAGUAUUGGUCGGGUGGGAGGGAAAUAGGAAAUGGGGACAUUUUAAGUAACUUUUUAUGAAAAUUGUACAUAUAUAUAUGUGUGAUAUAUAUAGUUUUAAUGUGAAGCGGUAUUGGUCAUAGCAGCAGAGAGGAAAUGGUUGUGUUUUGUUGAGGUGGUGAUGCAAUUUUGGUGCACCCAGUGACCAGUUAAAUGAAUCCACUCUGAUAGAGUGUCACAGCUGCUGUGGUAAGACGGCUGUAAUUCAGGGCCGGUGCCCAGGAGUAAUGCUAGACUGAGUGCCCUAAAUUGGCCUGACAGUGUCCGCUUUCUCUCACUUUCCUCUUUGGAUAGCGCCACGCACUGUCGAGAUGAGUGCUCCACCUCUGGAGUCUGCACUAGUCGCUGGUGUCACUUCCUUCCACCAGCACCAGCAGGGUCCCUUCUCACUCACCACCUUUCCUCUAACAUCCCCAGCACUGGGAUUUUUGGUAGCUGUCAGUUCUGAAGUUCACAGGACUGAACUGGGACUUACGGGCCAUCUCCCCCUCCAUUUUGAUCUUGCUGGUAAACAUUGUCAAGGAAACAUCUAUGUUUAAACCCUCACAAUGUAUCUGCCUCUUAAUUAUGAUUCAGGGCAGAACAGUGCACAUAAUCCCUUGCUGGUAAAUUUUGUCAGCAGACUUUCUGUGCUUAAACCCUCUCUGUGAACCUGUUUCUGAAGUACAACUUAAAUCAGGACAGCAUACAAAUACUUUCAUACAAUAGUGGUGUUUCUCGACCAAGUCCGUUUAUUUGGGCCCUGUUAUUAAUAUACACAGAGACACUGCACAAUCCAGUAGUUCACGUUCCAAUGAUUACAUGCAGAUUUCACAAACUCAUUACAUCUUCGUAUUGGAUCUUGCCGGGGCUGUUUCUAAUACCCUGGCAAAUGGCACUUUGCUUCCUUUACUAGACACUAGUUUCCGCUAUUCCCCUUACAGUCAGCGAUUCUUGUCCUUCUGACUUGACUCGGGUGACCCACUUUGCUUCCUUGACCAGACACCUGUUUCUGCUCUUCCUCCUGAAGUCAUUGAUCCUUCUGUCCUGACUCAAGUUAUCUCAUCAUUUGUCAUCCUGCACCCAAGCUCUACUCUAAAUGUCAUCGCCAGUUAACGGGACCCUGAAAACCUGCACUCAUUCCUCUGUCACACUGUUCACCUUUGCAGAAGGAGAACAGCCAGUCACCACACUGUUCUAAAGUUAGAACAAAGAAAUGCCAUUUUUAUACAGAAAUUGACUAGUUGGAUAUUGAUGUUGACCAAUUGGUAACCUUGUGAAUGUUCAAAUUCCUUCUUUGCAUAAUUAAUCACCAGUCACACUACAGUAGUACAGGUUUUAAUAGCCAAUAGAAUCUACUUGCUUGUCAUUCAACUGUAGAUGAAAGCCUAUAAAUACAACCAAACAAAACAGUAUUAUUCUGGGCAAAACACAGCACCUACAGUCAUACACAGCACAAGGCACAUACAGCACACAAGUUACAGUAAACAUAUAGUAAAAAAGCCAAUAAUUAUUGAAGGCCAGUAAUACUUCAGAAUUAGUAAAGUAAGUGUCACCUGAGAAUCCUUUGUUUACAUCUUUGUCUUGGAAUGCUAAAUGGACUCCCGCUUUGCAAAGGGGAACUAUGCUCUUUAUCACCUGGGUUGACUGCACACAGUCUGACUAUGCUUGCCUGGACAUUGUUGACCCUUACCUUGUCAUGACAUCCACACAACUUCCAUCUGCCUGUCUCUGCAACAGCGACUUGCGUCAUGCAAUCCAAACGCUUCCCUGCUCUUGGUACAGACCUGUUUCUUCUAAAUGACCUUUAAGCCACCUCCGCUAUUGCUCGAUCUCUUCAUAUCUCUCUCUAAUUUGCACAACACUUACAUUGACCACAUUACAAAUUUAAGAAUUUACAGAUUUAUUUAUCAAGCGUAAAACAAAACUACAUAAGUCAAAGAUCUGAAAUCGCAACA